ACGGGCGCGUCAGCGUGUGUCCAAACCUUCUCCACGCGUUCGUUUCUUCCCUCCCAACUCCCAUCCUCUUCCCUCUCUCUGUAUCUCUGUUCCUUGCUGCCCUUCAGCUCCAGGAGCCAAAGAGCGCAAGGCAGCUCAGACGAAGCAAUGUCUUUGGCACCUUCCAUCCCAUCCAUCAAGGUGAAGGUGGGACGCGUCGCGCCGCCGCCUCCCCACCGCGCGUGCAGGUCGUUCGCUGUGAUCAGGAGCUCCAAGGCAGAGGGGCCCAGGAGACCCGCGGCGCCUCCCCUGUCGCCACCGCCGCCUAUGCCUCCCAAGGCCCCGGCUCUGUCCACGCCUCCGAGUCUGUCCCAGCCACCGACCCCGGUGAAGCCCGCGGCGCCGUCGACGCCUCCUCCCGAGACGAAGCCGGCGGUGGCCCCGGUUGCUGCGGGGACGCCGCCGGUGGGAGGGCUUGUGACGUUCGAGUACCAGAGGAAGGUGGCCAAGGAACUACAGGACUACUUCAAGAAGAAGAAGCUGGAGGAGUCCAACCAGGGGCCAUUCUUUGGGUGGCUGGCCAAGAAUGAGAUUGCCAAUGGAAGAUGGGCAAUGUUUGGGUUUGCGGUGGGGAUGCUAACUGAGUACGCUACAGGCUCAGAUUUCGUCGAGCAAAUGAAGAUCCUUCUCUCCAAUUUUGGAAUUGUGGAUUUAGAUUGAUGUCUGAUGUUUGGCGUUGUUGUUAUGUAUAUGUCUGAAGUAUAAUCUAUAAUCUUUUAUCCAACAUAUAGAAAAAUCAAUCUUGCAGAUUGGUAUAUCCUUGGCUUCAUUCGUGCUGUCCUGUCAGUUUUGAUGAAUGCAAAAUCUACUUUCCAGCUUU